AUGGCGAUAGCUUCGGUGCAGCGCCGUGCCGUGUGCGCCGUGGCGAUCCUCGCGCUGCUUUGCGGCUGCUGCUUCUCCGCGUGGGCAAAGGUGGCGGCGACGCCAGUGACUGGUGGAAGGAGCACAACUUUGCCUUCUGAUGGGAAUACGGUGAUGGUGCCAGUGGAUGUGUUUUGUCCGGACAAUGCUGACAGGUUGUCCUUUCGUUUUCACGGGGGCACAAGGUGGAUAGACUGUGUGCAACCAAUUAAACGUGCGGCUCCACCUGGGGGCCCUACGGCUGCGUUUAAGGGGUACACCAUUGAUGGCCCGAAUGUGUACUCCCCUGACAAUUAUAACAGCCAGGCUUCUGUGUGCAGUGCCGCCGAGUUGAUGUACACGUCCCACAGCUGCAAUGCCAAGUGUCCAGGCAAGGCAACAGUGAGCAUCGUUGCAUUCACAAUGAGUUUGGCAGUCAGCGAAGAAAGUGGCUUGUAUGGCGAGUGGAAGAAAACUACUUCCAGCGGUGCGGCUGCCUCUGCCUCUGCAGCAGCACCGAGCCGCAGUGCUGAACAGACAGGGGUCUGCCUGAUACCGCCACCGGGUGAUGAAGCCAAUGGCAGGGAUGGCGGGGAGACAACUGCCCGGCCAGAAGGCACCGCAGGGGAGGGUGACGGCCAGCCCACAGAUACGCGGGAGCGGCGGCCCACAACUGAGGGGCCAGAUUCAAGUUUCAGCGACGCACGGGACGGCGGUCAGAGCACCACGCCCAAUGCACAGACCGGUGCGCCCAACACCACGAGUGAAGGCACCAACGAUGCUGCAGCGGCCGGUGGUGCAAAGGACGGCGCUUCCGCAACAGGCACAGACACAACAGCCCCUGCCACCAGCCCCACUGUGAAUGCCAAAGCCGCUGCCUCUUUGAACGAGACUCUGACAAACGCGGACAGCAGUGACACCGUCAAUUUGUUUGUGCCAACACCACUGCUGCUGCUGCUGCUCGUGGCUGCCCUUGUCUGCACUGCUGGGUAA